AUGGCUGAGCAGGUUCCGCCGCGGAUGGACAUCGCGCCUCGGGACGCGCCCGCGCGUAGAUCCGGCGGCAUCGUGUCCUCGCUUCGGCGAUGGAACCCGACUAAGACCCCCAAGACGACCGUCACGCUCGCGCUGUAUCUCUUCGGCCUCUUCGUCGCGUUCGUGGCGAGGCCCCCGGUGACGAUCACGGACCAGAUGCAGACGCGGUACUUCGAGAUGAUGGACGCCGCGGACGCGAUGGACGCCGCGCCUCGGGCGGAGGCUGAGCGGCUCCUCGCGGACGCGUCCAUGGCUCGGUACCGCGCGGAGACCUGGGGUUGGCGCUUCAACUCCGAGCGCAAAGCGAAGGUCUACGAGCUUCGAUCGUUGGAGAAGGAGAGAUUCAAGCAGGCGGAGGUGUACAGGAAACGCCGCGACGCCGCGGUGAAGGAGGCGAAGGGCGAGCUCGGGCUCUGGUCGCAGCUCGGCAUCGACGAGGCCAAGGCCCUGUUCCGCAAGGCGUACGAACGCGGCAAGCUUUUCGCGACUCGCUCCAGUUACUACGACACGUUCUGGCUCAUCGUAGCCGGGCGCAGCGACGACAGCAUGGUGGAGCUGCUCAUCCGCUGGGGGUUCACGGUGCUCUCCAACUUCACCGUGGGGAUGUUCAGCGCGGUGAUCAACUUCGCGUUCGCGCUUCCGUCGAUGAUCGCCACCUUCGCGUCCACCGGCUGGGUCUCGGCGUUGGCGUUUUUCCUCGUCGCCGUGGUGGCCGCGAGCUCGGUGGCGGCGAGCCUGCUGCUGCUCCUCUUUGGCACAGCCGGCGGGGUUGUGUACGGCGCGGUGGCGGCGGGACCGGCGCUGGCGAGGCUGGAGGCGAGCGGGCGGGAGCGCGAGCGGAUUAGGAUGAUAGCGCAGCAGAGGCGGCGGGGGAUGUCCGGCGCGGCGGCGCACCAUCGGGAGCACGCGGAUUGA